UGAAUUUUAUGGUUAAAUUGCGUCGACAUUUACGACGUGCAUCUGGUGCUAUUUUUGCCUCUUCGAUCCUUUUGUUCGUCUUUUCACUUCUCUAUAUUUCUCUCUCGCAAAGGCUAACAGUUAAUGAAAGGUUUCAACCACGUGGGACUCCCUAUAAAAAUUUGGAGAAUUUAGAAGAAAGAAGAAAGAGUUUGGAAAGAGAAGAAUUUCUGCAUAAUGCAAGUUGGACACUGCCUUCCUCAAAAUCUCAAAUUGAAAAUGCUGAUGCUAUUUUUCAUAAAUUUUCCAUUGUGGAUCCAAAUAAAGCAUUAAAUUCAAUUCAGUUCCUUAAUGAAAACCACGAAGUACUUAACGCUCAACUUUUUGGCCCUUUAAAUUCUGCCACCAUUAAAUAUGUUGUUGUUGUACAGGUCCACAAUCGAAUAGAUUACCUCAAAUAUUUAAUUGGAAGUUUAUCUAGAGCAAAAGGAAUAGAACAAACACUUUUGGUUUUUACUCAUGAUAUGAUAUCUGCACCUAUUAAUGCUAUUAUUCAGUCAAUUAAUUUUUGCAGGGUAAUUCAAUUAUUCUUCCCAUAUACUUUUCAACUUUUUCCAAAUGUUUUCCCGGGCGAAAGCCCAGAAGAUUGUUCAUCUAAUACAAAUAAAGAAAAAGCAAAAGGAACUAAUUGUUUGGGUGAAGAAUUUUCUGAUGUUGGUGGACAUUAUAGAAAUCCAAAAUUAACACAAAUAAAACAUCAUUGGUGGUGGAAGAUGAAUUUUCUGUUUGAUUCUGUUUUGCCUGCAUAUGGUUUGGAAGAAAAAUUACUUAUUUUAUUGGAAGAAGAUCAUUUGGUUGCACCUGAUUUUAUUCAUGUUUUGAAUUUAAUGGAAAAGAAAAGAGCAAAAGUUUUCCCUGAUUGUGAACUUUUAUGUCUUGGAACAUACCCAAAAUCAUUUAAUACAUAUGGAGAUAAUUUGGAUAAAUUGGGAGCCGAAUUUUGGUUUAGCAGCAAAUUUAAUAUGGGUUUAAUAUUUGGAAAGAAUUUAUGGGAAAAAAUUAGAAGCACAAAUUGUUCAAAUUUUUUCUGUAAUUAUGAUGAUUAUAAUUGGGAUUGGACAUUAAUGCAAUUAAGUGUAAAAUGUCUUCCAAGUAAAUUACGGGUAAUUUAUGCUGAAGCUCCACGUGUAAUACAUAUUGGUGAUUGUGGUGUACAUACACAUAAUUGUGAAGUUGAUAAAGCUGUUAAUGUUGCUUUAAAUCUUUUUCUUCAACACAAUUCUUCAUUUUUCCCUGCUCAAUUAACCUUAAAUCAAGUUGGAAAAAGAAUGUUAAAGCCUUCAAAACCAAAUGGAGGUUGGAGUGAUCCAAGAGAUAGACGCUUGUGUGAAUUAAAUACACAUCCAACAAAGGUGCCUUCAACAGAAAAAUUGGCAAAAGUACGAAAAAUAUUUGAAAAAGAGGAGGAGAAGGAAGAGGAAGAGAAGAAGAAUGAGGAAGAGGUAAAAGAAGAAGAAAAGGGGAAAAAUGAAGAGGAGGAAGAAAAACAACGUAAAAUGGAGGAAGAGUCUCCUAAAGAGUAGUUUGUGUGUGUCAACAGAUCUUUUAAAGAAUUUUAUUUAAAACCAAAAAAAAGUAUAAUAUUUAAUAAUUUUCCCGUUGCCUCACCAAAACAAAUCAUAAAAAAAAUUCCCGUUGUCUCCCAAUUAAAAAAUUUUUUUAUUUGCCUUUUAAAAUUUAUUAUCCUAUAGAAAAUUCCUUUAAAUUUUUAAUUUCCCCCCUCUUUUUAACAAAUUCUGUCUCUUU